AUGGAAGAAACCAGUGUUAUCACAAACAACCCCAUCAUAUUUCUUUCAGACGAGGUAAAGGAGAGAAUCCGCAAACCUUGGCGUCGGUCACUCAUCAUAAGAGUUUUGGGCAUCAAAGUGGGCUACUCCUACCUGAUGCAGCGUCUACAGAAAAUGUGGAGACCAGAGGCCAACUUCGAGCUCAUCACGCUGAACUACGAACAUUACAUUGUCAGGUUCGAAUCUUUAAGGGACUACGAGUUUGCCAAGUUUGAAGGUCCGUGGAGCAUCUUGGAUCACUAUGUAAUUGUACAAGAAUGGGUGCCUGACUUCAGCCCAAGAAACAACAAGACAGAGAAGCUGCUAGCAUGGGUAAGGUUUCCUGAUCUUCCCGUAGAGUACUUUGAAGAGAGAUUCUUGAGAAAGAUUGCUAGGAAGAUUGGUAGGCCUAUCAAAAUUGAUUCCACAACCAGCCUUAUAUCCAAAGGUAGCUUUGCAAGAGUGUGCGUCGAGUUGGACAUCUCAAAACCUCUGCUCUCUAAAUUCACAUUGCAAGAAGAAGUAUGGCCGGUGGAGUAUGAAGGUUUGCAUCUUGUCUGUUUUAAUUGUGGCCUCUAUGGCCACAGGCAAAACCAAUGUGGAAAGAACAACGAUCAAGGCAGUCAGGAAGCACCAGUUACAAAUAUCAAUCAGGAACAAGGGGAUCGCAUCUCAGCUGAAACCACAAAUGCCCCCCCUAAUCAACACGAACCUCCUAAACAAGACUAUUCUGCAGACUAUGGCUCAUGGAUGUUAGUUUCUAGGAGAGACAGGAGAGGCCCGAGAAGGGGUGACAAUUGA